AUGGCAGCAGCUUCCAAUGGAAGCGAGUUUUUUGAACUGGACAUUGAUCCAGUGAGGGAGUCAUUUUCACGGCCAUCGAAUGCCGAAGCGGUGGAAGAGGACGAAGAUGAGCUUGUUUGGGAGGCGAUUUCUAGGCUUCCAUCGCAGCAGAGAGGGAAUUUUGCCGUGAUGAGAAAGUCUCCUUCGGAGUACGCUCGAGGCGGAGGAGCUGGUCAGCGAGAGGAGAUGAUUGACGUCAGGAGGCUGGAUCGUGCUAACCGAGAACUUGUUGUUAAAAAAGCUCUUGCUACUAAUGCUCAAGACAAUCACAAGUUGCUUUCUGCGAUCAAAGAAAGGCUUGAUAGGGUUGGAAUCGAAGUGCCAAAAGUCGAAGUAAGAUUUGAGAACUUAAAUAUAAGCGCCAAGGUGCAAAUUGGAUCAAGAGCUUUGCCUACUUUGAUUAAUGUUGCUCGUGACAUGGGCGAGGGUUUACUAACAAAAUUGGGAUUAUUUCGGGCUAAGAAAUUUCCUUUAACAAUCUUGAAUAAAGUCAGUGGCACUAUAAAACCGGGAAGGAUGACUCUGCUCUUAGGACCACCAGGCUCCGGCAAAUCGACCUUGCUUUUAGCUCUCGCAGGGAAACUUGACAAGACACUAAAGGAUGAUGUCAGCAAAUAUCCAUUUUUGAGAUCCCUUUCCUGCUCACUGGCCUCAUAUCCUCGGGCAACUGGUGUUUGCUACAUGAAAGAUCUAGUUCGCUUAGAGAAGGAAAGAAAUGUGCGACCAAGUCCAGAGGUUGAUGCUUUUAUGAAGGCAUCUUCAGUUGGAGGCAAAAAGCACAGUGUUUCAACAGACUAUAUCUUAAAAGUUCUUGGUCUUGAUGUAUGUUCAGAGACAGUGGUCGGAAAUGAUAUGUUAAGAGGUGUCUCGGGUGGUCAAAGGAAACGGGUUACCACUGGAGAAAUGAUUGUUGGGCCAAGAAAAACCUUAUUUAUGGAUGAAAUAUCUACCGGACUUGAUAGCUCCACAACAUUCCAAAUUGUGAAAUGUAUAGGGAAUUUUGUUCAUCUAAUGGAAGCAACUGUAUUAAUGGCUCUUCUUCAACCUGCUCCCGAGACCUUUGAUCUGUUUGAUGAUUUGGUGCUAUUAUCAGAAGGUUAUGUGGUGUAUCAAGGCCCCCGGUCAGAAGUGUUAGAGUUCUUUGAGUCUUUAGGAUUUCGAUUACCACCACGAAAGGGGGUUGCAGAUUUUCUUCAAGAGGUGACCUCUAAAAAAGAUCAAGCUCAAUAUUGGGCUGAUCCGUCAAAACCAUACACGUUCAUGCCUGUCUCAGAAAUUGCAAAAGCAUUUAAAAGUUCCAAGUACGGAAAAUAUGUUGACUCUGAGCUUUCUGUUCCAUUUGACAAAUCCAAAAGUCAUCCUUCAGCUUUGUCGAAAACGAAAUAUGCUGCAUCGAGAUGGGAGCUAUUCAAAACAUGCUUCGAACGAGAAGUCGCAUUUGUUGGAUUUGUCACUUGCACAAUGUUCUUGCGGACAAGAUUACAUCCCACAGACGAGGCAAAUGGGAGCCUUUACCUCUCUUGCCUGUUCUUCGGGCUGGUGCAUAUGAUGUUUAAUGGCUUCUCUGAGCUGUCACUUUUGAUAUUUCGACUCCCAGUAUUUUACAAGCAACGAGAUAAUCUCUUCCAUCCUGCAUGGGCAUGGUCCUUCGCUAGUUUUAUUCUGCGCCUACCUUACUCCAUCGUAGAAGCUGUUGUAUGGUCUUGUGUUGUAUACUACACAGUUGGUUUUGCCCCUGGUGCUGGGAGGUUCUUCCGUUUUAUGCUUCUACUCUUUUCAAUACACCAAAUGGCAUUAGGUCUCUUUCGGACAAUGGGUUCAAUUGCAAGAGAUCUGGUUAUUGCCAAUACAUUCGGGUCAGCUGCUCUGUUGAUUAUAUUUUUGUUGGGUGGAUUUAUCAUCCCAAGAGCAAUGAUUAAGCCAUGGUGGAUUUGGGGAUAUUGGGUGUCACCUUUAACUUAUGGACAGCGUGGAAUUUCUGUCAAUGAGUUUGGUGCUGAGAGGUGGAUGAAGGUCUGCUCUAUUGGAUUGCAAAAACAGUUUUUUCAGUUGUCUGUUGCCUCCUAUAUGUCUCUUAGAAAAGCCGGAACAGUGGCUUCAGCUGAUGCAACACAAGAAAAUUCUGAUGGCAAUGAUGCAAGGGAUCGGGAGUUUGAAUUGAAUCAAACAUCUUUGCAUGAAGGCAGUAAAAACAAGGGAAUGAUUCUUCCUUUUCAACCAUUGACAAUGACUUUCCAUAAUGUCAAUUACUUUGUUGAUAUGCCCAAGGAAAUGAGUAAACAAGGUAUAACAGAAAAGAAGCUGCAGCUCUUGUCAAACGUGAGUGGAGUGUUCUCACCAGGUGUCCUGACUGCGUUAGUUGGUUCUAGUGGAGCGGGAAAGACUACUCUGAUGGAUGUGUUAGCUGGAAGGAAAACUGGUGGAUAUAUUGAAGGAGAUAUCAAGAUAUCAGGUCACCCAAAAGAGCAGCGCACAUUUGCCAGAAUUUCGGGAUAUGUUGAGCAAAAUGAUAUACAUUCUCCUCAGGUUACAAUUGAGGAGUCUCUCUUGUUUUCUUCUAGUCUCCGGCUCCCAAAAGAAGUUAGCAAAGAACAAAGACAAGAGUUUGUUGAAGAAGUGAUGAGGUUAGUAGAGCUUGAUACUCUGAGGCAAGCUUUGGUUGGUUUGCCAGGGAGUAGUGGGUUAUCAACAGAGCAGAGGAAGCGGUUAACAAUUGCCGUGGAGCUUGUUGCAAAUCCAUCCAUUAUUUUUAUGGAUGAACCUACAUCUGGACUUGAUGCACGAGCAGCAGCUAUUGUGAUGCGAACUGUUCGUAAUACAGUUGAUACUGGAAGAACUGUGGUUUGCACCAUCCAUCAACCUAGUAUUGAUAUUUUUGAAGCAUUUGAUGAGCUACUUCUCAUGAAACGAGGUGGUCGGGUUAUAUAUGGGGGAAAGCUUGGUGUGCACUCACAGAUUAUGAUAGACUAUUUUCAGGGAUUUAGUGGAGUCCCUCCAUGUCCAGAUGGUUACAAUCCAGCAACUUGGAUGCUUGAGGCUACUACACCAAUUAUUGAAGAGAAAGUCGGUGAAGAUUUUGCUGAAUUAUACAGAAAAUCUAAUCAAUACAGGGAGGUAGAAGCUUCCAUUAUCAAUUUCAGUACUCCGCCUGCUGGCUCAGAACCUUUGAAGUUUGCAUCGACAUAUGCUCAAGGUGCCAUGUCUCAGUUCUUGAUUUGCCUUUGGAAACAAAAUCUUGUAUACUGGAGAAGCCCACAAUACAAUGGUAAUGUUAUUAAAUCAGUCAAUAUUGAUACUUUUGAUAGGGACUCAACUCAAGCUUUGUUUGUGGUUCUGGGAGCACUAUAUGCUUCGUGCAUGUUUCUCGGGGUCAAUAAUGCUUCCACAGUGCAGCCAAUAGUUUCAAUUGAGAGAACUGUCUUCUAUAGAGAGAAAGCAGCCGGAAUGUACUCUCCAUUAUCCUAUGCAGUAGCCCAGGUGACUGUCAUUUUGCUGAAGAAAUAUCAGCUUCUUUUGGAAAGUGUUUUUGAUGAAUAA